CAAAAAUCUCGUUAUCAAUAUUAAAUCUCAAAUUUUGCUUUUAGCUGACAGUAAACUAGUUAAGAAACACAAAAGUGACAACAUAUUAGAUUUAUUUGGCUACUAUGGAUAUAAAUUAAAACAUAACAAGUCUUAUCAAAUGCCCGCUAUUAUUAUCAUGCCAAUUUUAAAUCAGCGACAAGUUGUAAGCAUUGAUAAAACAACCUGUAACCAAAAAUACAAUACAAAAAGUGAUAAUAAAGCAUCUCUGCCUGAUAAACUUAUGAUAAAUGUGGAGAACAAUGACAAUGAAGAUAUAGAAGUAUUUCGAAAACCAGCAGUUAAAAGAGAUGUAGAGACCAUUCAAGAUUUUCAAAAGGAUGAAGAUAAUAAAAAAGAAAAUAGUACGAAUAACUCCACUGUUGUUGAUGAAAGUAGCACAGACACCAUUGCUACGGUUAAGGAAGAUAUUAAUAAAACUGAAACAAUUAAAAUGCAUACUACUACUACUACUACUACUGAUAUCAUAACGACCACCAGUACUACAACAAAGUCUAAUGGCCCCUAUUCAUAUCCUCAAUACAAUAAUGAGUUUAUUAACACUAUAAUUAUAACAACAGAAGUUCCCAAAUUACCUGCAGUAAAUGACACACGAUGGCAGAACUUUUCUACGAAUAAUAAUACAAAAUCAAUUGAUAUUUCUGUGAAAACAAAUUAUUAUACGGCAACUGAUAUAAAACAUAACUCAAAUUAUAUUACAAAUGACCUACCACCUAUCGAUGAUGACAGAUGGAACAGAUUUUCUAAUUCUGAUGCUAUUACACAUUCAAAUGAAUUUAUACCACUUGCUGGAUUAUAUUACGAUGGGUUUCUACAUAAACCUUUGAAAAAGUAUAAUUUCUUCCCCCACCAUUCGGAAAAGAACGAAAAAGCCACUGGAUAUAACAAGGUUCCCGAUAUCCGACGUCGUAAAAUUUGA